GAGCACACGGUGGGUCCGGUGACCGGCGGACGUCGCAGGCGGCGUUCCCCGUGGCCCGGUAUCUCGGCCGCUGCCCACAGCGGGUUCCACCCGGGAGACUGACGCUCCUGGAGGCUCUAGGUGGAGUCCCGGGAGCUGAGGGGGACAGGCGGCCGCCGCCGAAGCAUGAAGAAGGGGUAAGGCAAGAGCCCCUCAAGAUUUCUCGGUGAACUGGCACAAAGGUUGAUCUCAAGAUGCCAUUAGUGAAAAGAAACAUUGAUCCUAGGCACUUGUGUCACACAGCACUGCCUAGAGGAAUUAAGAAUGAACUGGAAUGUGUGACCAAUAUUUCCUUGGCAAAUAUAAUUAGACAACUAAGUAGCCUAAGUAAAUAUGCUGAAGAUAUAUUUGGAGAAUUAUUCAAUGAAGCACAUAGUUUUUCCUUCAGAGUUAACUCAUUACAAGAACGUGUGGACCGUUUAUCUGUCAGUGUUACACAGCUUGAUCCUAAAGAAGAAGAAUUAUCUUUGCAAGAUAUAACAAUGAGAAAAGCCUUCCGAAGUUCUACAAUUCAAGAUCAGCAGCUUUUCGACCGCAAGACUUUGCCUAUUCCAUUACAAGAGACAUACGAUGUUUGUGAACAGCCUCCUCCUCUCAAUAUACUCACUCCUUACAGAGAUGAUGGUAAAGAAGGUUUGAAGUUUUAUACCAAUCCUUCAUAUUUCUUUGAUCUUUGGAAAGAAAAAAUGUUACAGGAUACAGAGGAUAAGAGGAAGGAAAAGAGGAAGCAGAAGGUAUUACAAGAAAUUCAGAAAAUUGAACAGAAAAAUCUAGAUCGUCCUCAUGAACCAGAAAAAGUGCCAAGAGCACCUCAUGACAGGCGGAGAGAAUGGCAGAAGCUGGCCCAAGGUCCAGAGCUGGCUGAAGAUGAUGCUAAUCUCUUACAUAAGCAUAUUGAAGUUGCUAAUGGCCCAGCCUCUCAUUUUGAAACAAGACCUCAGACAUAUGUGGAUCAUAUGGAUGGAUCUUACUCACUUUCUGCCUUGCCAUUUAGUCAGAUGAGUGAGCUCCUGACUAGAGCUGAGGAAAGGGUUUUAGUCAGACCACAUGAACCUCCUCCACCUCCACCAAUGCAUGGAGCAGGAGAUGCGAAACCCAUACCCACCUGUAUCAGUUCUGCUACAGGUUUGAUAGAAAAUCGUCCUCAGUCACCAGCUACAGGCAGGACAGCUGUGUUUGUGAGCCCCACCCCCCCACCUCCUCCACCACCUCUUCCAUCUGCCUUGUCAACUUCUUCAUUAAGAGCUUCGAUGACUUCAACUCCUCCCCCACCAGUACCACCCCCACCUCCACCUCCAACCACUGCUUUGCAAGCUCCAGCAGUACCACCACCUCCAGCUCCUCUUCAGAUUGCCCCUGGAGUUCUUCAUCCAGCUCCUCCUCCAAUUGCACCUCCUCUAGUACAGCCCUCUCCACCAGUAGCUAGAGCUGCCCCAGUAUGCGAGACUGUACCAGUUCAUCCACUCCCACAAGGAGAAGUCCAAGGGCUGCCUCCACCCCCACCACCGCCUCCUUUGCCUCCACCUGGCAUUCGACCAUCAUCACCUGUCACAGUUGCAGCUCUUGCUCAUCCUCCCUCUGGGCUACAUCCAACUCCAUCUACUGCCCCAGGUCCCCAUGUUCCAUUAAUGCCUCCAUCUCCUCCAUCACAAGUUACACCUGCUUCUGAGCCAAAGCGUCAUCCAUCAACCCUACCAGUAAUCAGUGACGCCAGAAGUGUACUUCUGGAAGCAAUACGAAAAGGUAUUCAGCUACGAAAAGUCGAAGAGCAGCGUGAACAGGAAGCUAAACAUGAACGCAUUGAAAAUGAUGUUGCCACCAUCCUGUCCCGUCGUAUUGCUGUGGAAUACAGUGAUUCAGAAGAUGAUUCAGAAUUUGAUGAAGUAGAUUGGUUGGAGUAAGAAAAAAUGCAUUGAUAAAUAUUACAAAACUGAAUGCAAAUGUCCUUUGUGGUGCUUGUUCUUUGAAAAUGUUUGGUCAUUCCAGUGUUUUGCUUUCUUUUCCUUAAGGUAAAUAACCCUUUUCCUCCAUAAUUUUUGAUUUUUAAGAAAAAUAUUAGCAUACAUUUCAAACUAAAUGUUUUACAGUGGCUUAUCUUUUUUAUUUUUCCCUGAAAAGACAUCAUUUGGUCAAAUAAACCACUAAGUAUUAAGCAUGGACAGCUGUUGUUAGAGUAGCAGAUUCAGUUUUUUGAUAUAUCUUAAUUGUGCACUUUGUGAAUUUUAAUUUAAAGAAAGCAACUGAGAUUAAAAAUCUUGCGGGCAGCUGUAUCUAUUAAUGAGCCUUAUCCCAUUUCCUGGUGUUUUAAAAGAAGAAACACUGCCUUGAUUAUAUGAAUACACUCAGAAAGUACAUUUAGCUUGUAGUAUUGAAUUCUCUUAAAGGAAUGCUUCAAUUUUUUUAAUUAUUGUUUUAUUGUUUUAAAAUACUUGCCUUAUUUGAAUGUUUAGCAGUAUCCCCUUCCUACUUAUAUAUUGUGUGAUACAAUUUUGCUUGCUGAUAAGAAUUUAAAAAAUUUCCAUGUGAAAUACACUGACAUAAACCAUGUA